AUGGAUGCCACUCAAGCCAAGCGCUUCGGUUGCUCCGUCACGGCCGGACUUGUGGCAGGUUUCAUCACCAAUCCCACCGAGACCAUCAGAGUCAGAUGGCAGGUGCUCUCGAUGACGAGCUCUGGUGAAACAGGCGGCCUCCUGCAGUUUGCCCGGCGGAUUAUCGCCUCUGAGGGCCUGAUCCGCGGCUUGUGGAUGCCGGGCUGUAGCGGCUGGAUGGCAAGCUUUGGAGGUGCCUUCGGUGUUCGGAUGGGCAUCUACGAAUCGGUUCGAUGUGGAAUCGAAUCCACCACAGGCCUCAGUAGGAGUCCGAAGACAGCUUUUAUGGCUGGCUUGUGUACAGGAUCCAUUGCGAAUGCCGUUUGCUGUCCAUUCUUUCAAGCUAAGAAUCGCUUACAGGCUCAGGGUGCAGCGACGCAAAGGGGUGGUUUGUUGCAAGAGCUGGUGGCUAUCACGAAAGAGAGUGGCUUUACAGGCCUAUACCGAGGAGUACCAGCACUCUUCAUGAGGGGCGGACUCAUAGCUGGUGGGCAGCUCUUUGGCUAUGACACGACCAAGCGCUUCAUGGUGUCCAAGGGCGUCCAAGAGGGCCCGGUGGUGCACCUCGCGUCCUCCAGCGUCUCGGCCGUGUCGGCGGUGAUGGCCUCCGCGCCGGCCGACGUGGUGCUCAAUCGCUACCAGGCAGGUCCACGCUUGGGCAUCAAGUACCCCUCAUUGCUGCACGUGGCUUCGGAGCUCUUAAGGUUUGCAUGUCACUUGCAGGACCGAAGGGCCUUUGGCUUUCUACAAGGGCGUGGUGCCCAACGUGGUGAAGUUUUUACCGUCGCUCCGAUGCGGACCGGACGGGACGCGUGGCGGGACGCGUGGGGCCAAACGCACGAGAGUAAGGCAACUAUAGGCAACUUGAAUGAAGCCAUGAAAUGGUUGCUGUUGAUACUCCUGAGGGCCAGCAGUGCCAGUCACCUUCUCUCGAAAUCAGAUGAUACUGGUACUGUGUGGGAAGAAGACUCUGAAAGGUGUGGGAUGAACGAAAUGAACAACCUUCUUCAGAUUAGCGUGGAAGUUGAGUUUUUUGCGAAUGCCGUGAGCAAGAAUGCGCUUCGUGCUUUGCCACACAAUCUCUCAGAUUGGCCUGUACCGUCGCAGAGCUUGUCAUUGCUGGUUGCGCCCUUGCAAGCUGUGAAUGAGAGAUUGAACGAAACUCAGUCCUCCAGGCUUGUGAUUGCAGAGCCCACCAUGCCUACACCGUUCAUGACCUUGCAGCAUGUCAGCAACAUUCUGGUCGCCUGCACUUUUGUGUGCUUGCUUUUCCUUUGGGCAAAUGUUCUUUGUCGUGGCUUGCCCUGCAAAGCGACUCAGCAUUCUAGUGUGAAGCACGGAUGUCCCACCAGCUGGGUAGUCUUCAUGGGGAUGGUGUAUACCUUCACAUAUUUCACGACCGACCAAUAUGUGCCAAGCCUUCCUCAGAUGGGUAUUGACUUAUCCGGUUCUCAGGCACUGAUGAGCGCCACAGUGCAGAUGAACUUCGUAGUGAAAGCAGUAGCUGGUAUCUUCACUGCUGGCUUAUCUGAUCGGAUUGGCCGAAGACCCACCCUUUUGGUUUGCAUGUUCUUGUUAAGUUUGGCAAGCUUUUGCUGCGGAUGCGCUGGUCGUGUGGAAUGGUUCGUAGCUGCCCGCAUUCUUCAGGGGAUUGGAGAAUCUGUCGAGCCAGUGAUUUUUGCGAUGACUCGGGACUAUUUUCCCAAUCCAGAGCAACGCUUCGGGAUAGUUGCUGCCUUGCAGAUGAUGUCCAUUGGUGGUAUGUUGGUCGCAGGAGCUACCCCCGGGGGGACGUGGCACGUGGCACGUGGCGCGGCGGCGGCGACCCGCAGACGACCCGCAGACAGGGCCGUGCCGGUGCUGCCUGCAGCCGAGUCCUGUGAGCGUGCGGCCAAAGCGGAUCGCAAUGAAUGGAUCUAUUUGGUGCCCAAGGAGCAGGUCCUUGCAGAGGCAAAAACUUUGGAGACUCGAGCCUCUUCGAUGACCGAGGAGGAAAGACAGCGAGAACUUCCCCUUUUGGGUUCCACCUUCGCUGUGAAAGACAACUUGAUGGUGAAGGGUCUUCCAACCACCAAUGCCAUGGACUAUCGAGCCCCCAGGCGUCCCCCGCUGGCACAUGAAAGUGCUGCGGUGGUGCAGAAGCUUCAGGAUGCAGGUGCCAUUGUGGUGGGUAAGACCAACCUCGACUGUGCUGCCACAGGCUUGGUGGGCGUUCGAUCACCGUAUGGCGCUUGUCAGAACGCGCUCGAUCGCUCCUUUCUGUCGGGUGGUUCUUCCUCCGGCUCCGGUGUCGCGGUGGCCUUGGGCCAGGUCACCUUCUCCCUGGGCACGGAUACUGCUGGCAGCGGCCGAGUGCCAGCGGCUUUGAACAACAUCGUCGGUCUCAAGGCAUCCCGUGGGCUUUUGUCCACCCAUGGGCUGUUGCCUGCUUGCAAGUCACUUGACUGUGUGUCGAUCUUCUCCUUGACCGUCCAAGAGGCACGCUACCUUCACUUCUUGGAGAUUGGGACUUCCAACUUUCGAACCCUGGUGGGUCAUCAACCACCCGAGCAAAGCGGCAUGAGCGUAGAGGCUUUGCCAUACUAUGUGGAAGAGCUGAGGCAGCGCUACAAUGAAAGCCAUCCAAGAGUGACCCUCGUCAAUGCAGCGCUACUGCCAGAGGCGACCAACUAUCGUGCGACGGCCUGGUUCGUGCAUCCAGAAAACCUCUCUACCUAUGGGCUUCCAGCGCACAUGGCUGGUACCACCCGCAUUGGUCCUGAGCCGCAUUGGGGGGUCUUGGAGCACCUGAAGAAGUUGGGCCUGGCGCAUUUGUUGGUCUCUCGACAAGUCCCUGCCCUUACGCUCGGCAAGUUGCUGGACUUGCACCAGGCUUGCCGACUGGGCUUCUUGAAGAUUGAUGCAGAGGGCAUGGACGAGCUUCUCUUGAGAGCCUAUGUGAAGUACCUGUGGGAGCACCCCCCAUGCUGGGCUGAUGGCAUCGAAUUUGAAGUGAAUCAUUUUCUGAAAAGCUCAAAGACCAUUGACGUUUGGACUGCCUUGGAAAGGCUUGGCUAUCGGAUGAUUAGCAUUCGAGAUCCUUUGGAAGCAGGCGUGGCGCGCAUGGUUCAUGAACCUCCUACGGAUGCCAGACACUUGGCGAGACCUUUGCCAGACAUGAUACCUCCAGCGCCACAGAUCCUUCACAUGCUCCUGCCUUGCUUCUUCAGCGAUCCUUUUGCUUGCGAAGCCACAGAAGUGGACUUGGAGCAGACGUUGCACCGCUGGCGUGCCACCCUGCCGGGCUGGCGCCUAAGAGUGUGGAGUCCCUCACGCCUGGUCGAAGCGCUCGCGAGCUUACCCGACGAGUGGCCCAUGAUCCUCACAGCCGAUGUGGGUGGCAACGAGGCGGUACCGGUCUUCGCUGCCAAGUAUCAGCUUUUGGCCUACUUUGGCGGUGUUUUUGUGCCGUGGUCCCUGGAGCCUCCACGUUGGCUCUCGGCUGUAUUGAGCUCCACGGCCUGGUCCAGCUUCCAGAUUUGGGACACUGGAAUCAACUUUCGCGUGAAGCACGGGCUGCUGAUCAUGGGCGCUGCCUUUCAUCCCGUGCUGCAAUCAUUGGCACAUAGCAUUUUUUGGGAAGCCGGCUACAGAAAGCCUGCGAGCCUCGCGGAACUGGAGUUGAGGCUUCUGAAAGAGUCUUGGACGUCCUGGAGUACAGAUCCAGUGCCCAUUGCGCAGACGAAUUUCAGCGCACGACGCCUUUGGGAACUGGCGGCCGCUGCGAGCGGCGCAGACCCUUGGGAUCGACCUGCCAAGGACUUGAAGCAAGGGCCACGGCUGCCACCUUCUGGCAAGGCAAGCUUUAGGUUCGGCAUUCCGAGCCAGCCCUUCCUGGAUUUCCACAGCUUUGGAGCUGCUUCCCAGGCUCGUGCGGCACUCUAUUCCGAAGCUUGGGAAAGGUCGGUGGAUGCCCUGAAAGCCAUUGGAGGAACCUGUGUGGAAGUGGAUUACGCGCCAUUCCAAGAGGCAGCAAAUCUUCUCUACCAGGGCCCUUGGGUCGCGGAGAGACUUUCCUCUGUGGCAGAUUGGGCAUCAGAUCCAGAGGUGGUGCACCCCAUCGUCAGAAAGAUUGCUGAACAUGGAACUGAAUGGUCAGCACAGCAGUGCUUCGAGGCCAUCUACCGGUUGCAGCAGCUACGGAUCGAGGCACAAGAAGCCAUGAGCAGCACCCAGGCGGAGGUGCUGGUGACUCCGACCGUCGGUGCGACCUAUACCAUCGAGGACGUCCUUGCAGAUCCCGUUGCUUUAAACACACAGCUUGGUCGAUAUACGAAUCACAUGAACUUGCUGGACCUUUGCGGCAUCGCUGUGCCGACGGUGCUGUCGAGCGAUGCGCCGUGCCUGCCGUUCGGUGUGACCAUCUCGGCCGCUGCGGGGCAUGAUGCCUUCAUUUGCGACAUUGCCCAGAGGCUACACGCAGCCUCCAAGCUCACAGUGGGAGCAUUGCAGUCCUCCGUCCAAGAUGUCUCUGCAGCUGUGGAGGCCACUCAGGGCAAGCACUUUGGAGCGUUGCCCGCCGAUGUGGAGACGUUUGAAGUUGCAGUUUGUGGAGCACACAUGGAAGGACUGCCCUUGAGUUGGCAGCUCACGGAGCGCGGCGGCCGCUUCGUGCGCCGAGCCAGAACAGCACCCAGGUAUCGCUUGGUGGCUUUUGACAUGAAACCACCUCGACCUGGCUUAGUAGACUCCAGCAGUGGUGCAAGCAUUGAGCUGGAGAUUUGGGAGCUUCCAGCUGCGGCUUUUGGGAGCUUCAUGAAGUUGGUGGCCUCACCCUUGGGCAUUGGGUGGAUCGAACUGGAGGAUGGCAGCCGAGUGCAGGGCUUCAGACAGGUGGAUGUUGGAGCGAACAGCACCGGGUUGGUGAACGCCGGAGGUGAUCCACCGAGUGAUAUCACCAGCUAUGGCUCUUGGAGGAACUUCCUGAAGAAGUGA